AUGAACUCCAACGCGCUCGGAAGCGGUCGUCAUCGCCGUCAAAUCUCCACACCGGCUCCAUUCGAGCUUGCGCCAGUCAUGACCAAUAUGCAACCCCGUCGGUCACAUCGUCGAGGCCAGACUGUGGACUACAGCGCCUUCAGUCAACAGGCCACUAUGGACCGACACAUGCCGAAGACGGUAUCGCAGUUGCGCGAUUAUUUUAACGAAAAAUCAGGUUUCUCAUAUCAACAGAGGGAGCAGUAUCAAUCAUACACCCAGCAGCCCGAGCGAUCUUUCAUCCCAGCCAUGCACAUGCAGCAACCAUAUCAAUAUCAACCUCACCAGUCGCUCGGGUCUGACUGUCAGGCUUUCAACCAAGAACAACUGCAAGCGAUUCACACCACUACUGGUAGCCCUGCGCCUUCCUCUGUUGGUGCCCCGGCUUUGUCUCGAUCAGCCAGUGAAUGCUCCGAAAAUACACCAUUGAAGCUUGCGCUGCACCGUAUGCAGCAGGAACAAUUCUCGAACCAGCAACAGCAACAAUUCAUUGGAAAUGCCGAUUGGGAAUUGUUUCCUCAGCGCAACAUGCCAAUGUCCCAAAAUGAGCAGGUGACGGCCUAUGCCGGUUCGAUGCACCCAGUCUCUGUUCAACCAAAGGCUCCAUCUGCGAAGAUUCUUUCGCAAAUGUCUACUGCUUACAAUUCCCCAAUGACCCCCGAUUCUACCCCAUUGAAAAGAUCUAUUGAUUAUUCCAUGUACAGCAAUGACCCAACAUCUUCCAAGUCCCAAAGUUUCUCAUUUCCCCAUACCCCUACAACUGCUGAGAUGCAGAGAGCUCAGUCUUUGCAAGGAGCCCCCUAUGUCGAAUCCGUGCAGAUUAAACAGCAAAUGCCCUCCCCCGUCAAUUCCCCGAUUAGCUCGUCUUUUGCCGAAGUUGCCGAUAUGCCAUCUCCGAGUUCAUAUGGAAUGACACCUCAAAAUUCCACUGCCUCUUUCAAAUCUUCCACUGGCAGGACUAAGAAACGAGCCCCGUCAACUGUGUCGUCUUCCAACGAGCUAGCUGCUCGCGAUGAUGACCUUGAUGCUCGAGUCAAAGCCUCAGUUCAGCAAACCGGUGUCUCGACCGACGAAAUCGCCAAGUUCAUCUCCGGCCCCGACCCCAAGGAUGGAAAGUGGGUCUGUCUAUUUACGGGCUGUCUUUGCCGCUUUGGUCGCAAGGAAAACAUCAAGUCCCAUGUCCAAACACACCUUGGAGACCGUCAGUUCAAAUGCGACAUUUGCGAAAAGCACUUUGUGCGCGGACAUGAUCUCAAGCGCCAUCUCAAGACACACAGUGGCAAUAAGCCCUUUGCGUGCGCCUGCGGUGCCAGCUUUGCUAGACAGGAUGCCCUCACUCGUCACCGCCAGCGCGAUAUGUGUGUUGGAGGCUUCACAGGUGUGGUUCCAAAGACCACCAAGCGUGGUCGUCCCCCGAAGAAGAAGACCAGCCGCCCGGAUAUCGACACUCGCCAGGCUAAGUCCACUCGUACUCGUCAACGUGUUGCCGAGAAAGCCUCUUCAACCGCUUCAACCAACACCCAUGUCACUCUGCAAGAUGCCCCUGUGUUCAACUCGCCUAACUAUGCCCCAUCCGCUGCUGUCUCGUCUUUCACACCGCCCACCUCCCCCGGGGACAAAUACCACCGAAUUUCAUCGCCAUGUCAGACCUACAACUCCCUCGAUGCCCAGCUCGAGGAUGACAUGCUGCCCUUGUCACCGCCCCAACUCGCUCACGCUAGAUACGAGCAGGCAAUGGCCCAGUACGGAUCAGAUUUCGGUUCGCAGGCAUACUCGCAGGAAUCUACGUACUCCCAGGAGUCUCUCUACAGUGAAUCUGCUCUUUCGCCUCGGGAGAUGUCUUCCCCUCGCUCGGCGCCCACUCUGGCUGAAUCAUCCGUCGGCUCGGAGAUCGAUAUUUUCAUGACUCAAGAUCCCUCCGACGACUUGCGAGAGGAGUUCGGUCAUCUCGCUCACUCGGGGAUCCCUGGUUUCCCGACCUAUCAGUUCGUGGAUACAACCGACUUUGCCUCCGUUUCGUCCUAUUACCCAGAGAAGACCUUUUCUGGUAUUCCCCACUUGGAUGAUGACCUGACGGACCCAAUCGACUGCUUGUCCAGCGAGUUCCUGGUGGACCCUUGA